CUUGUACCUUGACGCGCAGGUAACUUGGAGAAAUUUGAGGAAACUAUAGUGUACGCCGCUACCGUCUAUUUUCCCAUUGCGUUAUGUAUAUAGAAAGUAUGUAUCCAUCCACAAGAAUAGCCCUAUAACAAACGGAGUGUAGUUUGGGAAGCGUCCUGCGACCAAUUCUAUGCCGCCUGGGACCAACUAAGCCAUGCCUAUCAGCAGUCAGAGACCCUUUUCAGAGCCAGAUGGCUGCAUACAGGGGGUCAGCCUCUCUCGGAGCAGUAGCACCAGCAAGAAGUCGUACGAGGAGCGUUGUGUGGACCCAGUGCAGGAAACACCACAAAGCAGGGGGGAGCAGAGCACCCACAAAGCCCACCCCAAGGAUGCCAAUUGGAAGGAGUCUGAGACUAUCGGCUUCAUCCCUGGUUCGGCAGAGCCUGGUGCUCACAGCUGUGGACUGUGCGCCUCUCCUGGCAGCUGCAGAAGUUUUGUGUGCAGCGUGCUGACUUGCGGCCUCUACAGGGUCUGCCAGCGCACCGUACUGGCCCCGUGCCUGGAGCCCGAGGAGAGCUCCCCUGACGAGCCAGAGAAGGUCAACCUCCAGGAAAUCAAGCCGGGAGACCGGGAGUCCUCUCCCAGCAAGGAGGACGGAAGCUGGCCAGAGGACAUCCACUUCCAUGGAGUCAGGGUGGACACUCUGACCCAGGAGGACUCAGACGUCACUACCAAACCCCGGGUGUAUAGCGAGAGACGGCCCAGCCCGCCGUCAUUCUCGCUCGACGAUGACAAUUGGGGUUACAGCAAUGAGGACGUUGAUUCCCUCAUUGCCAAGAAGCUGUUGGAGCUUUACUCAGAGUACCAGAUAGAAGAGCUGGCCAAAUGCACCUCAGACUCUGUGUUCCUGAAGAAGACGAGCCAGAUCAACCAGCUGAUCAGCGAGCUGGCAGAAGAGCACAAACUGGAGCAACAGGACGCUGAGUGUCGAUUGGUUCGUGGCAUCAUACGCAUCAGCACACGCAAGAGCAAGAGGAGGCCCCCCUACACCAAGGCCACCAGGACCCUCUCAGACAGUGGCAAUGAAACAAUGAAGGACAGUGACUCGUUCUCCUUCAGCAACAACAAUGACUAUAACGUCCAGAUAUCUGAGGAAACACGCUCAGACAUUUAUGCCAGGAAAAUGAGGUGGAACAGUGAAGUUGUCUUAUCAGGUCAUACCUCAGGCUCUUCAACGACGCACUCCCUAAGUCACACAGAAGUUGUUUCCUCUGGGGCCCCUCUCUUGCAGACCUAUGUGAGAACAUGACUUCAGACAUGCAUCUACAGCAGAACCUUGAAAGAUGAUUUCUUCAAAGAUGAAGAGAAUUGCACACAGUUCAGAAGCACAUGGAGCUUCUUUGGAAGAGAGAGGUUCAUUUGAUCAGCUAUAUUUUUACGACAGUUGAGUGUCAUGCCAUCUGUAAAUGAAGGAUUAUAGUGUACUCAGGGUUGUGAUGUAUAUCUAAUUCUGUCAUUUGUCAUUCUUGGUGAGGACAGCCUGACUCUAAUUGGGUCAGAAAGUUGACAAUAUAUUGUGAACUUCCAUUAGCAAACUGUGUCUAUCCUGGAGUGUUCACGUGUAUAAUGUCGCUGUUUCCAAGUAUGUCAUGUCCCUUUACCCUUGAAUGAAUCUGGCUGUGUGGUUGUGAAAUGUGACUCUUCUCUGUAGCUGAAGUUCCAUUUCUUGUUGGUCAAGCUCUAUACUAUGCAACACGGGAGCCGGCUGGAAUGUUUUAGUCUCAAAACCACAGAAAGAAUGAAAAAAGGAGCCAUACCUCAUCCCAUACUCAUAGUAUGAAAGAUAUGGUGUGAGGAUUGUUAUACUUUUUGUAUGCUUUUUGUAACUUGUAUCAUUCGUUUAUGUACAUUAAACCCAAAUGCCCAUGUAUUGGAAAUGAGGGGACAAAUCCUUUCAACAUUUCCCAUUUAUUUUGCCAGUUGUUGAUGUGUUGUAAACCUGCACGUAAGACAGAAUGAUUGUUAUAUUAUAUUGUUAAGUAAUUCCUUCUUCAAACUAUUUUUGUAAGGAUACACUUGCAAGAAAUAAUUUGCUAAUAAUUUGUUUGUACAUAAGAUAUUAUUGCCAAAUGUUUCAUGAAAGCUUUGUGACAUUAGUUUGUUCUGAUGAAGUGGGACAAAAAUUGUAAAUCCAUUGUAAUAUCUGAAGAAUCAGACCUGUAGUUUCCAGUCAGUGCUGAGUCAUGUGUCUUGUAAAAGUGUCUUGUGUUUUCAUUCUUUUUAAGCAGUAACACUAAAGUGACACACGUAUAUGAGUCACUUGAGUAUGUCUCUCUCCCUUUCUGUAACUAAUUUGAAGUAAAAUGUACAGUCAAUGUACACAGACUUUUUUAUAUGUAGAAAUGUGGCUGUAAAAAAGAAGUUUGCAAUGACGUGGGUGAAUUGGCCAGGCCAUACUGUACUGGCCACUCUGAAUCCCUGAACCACUCUUGGGAACAUGAUACCCUCUAAAUAUUUUAUUAAUUGAUUGUCACAACCAAACCACAUGACCAGCAGUUUAACUUAAUUGCCAUGGUGGGAAAUAAUAUUCAGAGUUGGCAUAUUUUAAUAGUACACUAACUCUGUGUUGCACCUGUAAAGUCAUUGAUUUCUUAGUGAGGUCAUUAUGUAUCGAGGUCCACCUUUUGUUUUUAAUAUCUGUUUCUAAUAAACAAAACUACUCACUCA